AUGAAUCUGAAAAGCAUCCAAGAGGACUUAUACAUUAUACCUGUUCUAAGCAUCAGAACCAACUUCAAAAUGUCAUCAACAAACCCCCAAGACCUCCCUCACAUGAACUUCCGCUCCUUCGUGGAAGCUCUCAAAAACGACGGCGACCUCGUCGAAAUCAACGAAAAAUGUGACGCAAACCUCGAGGUAGGCGCCAUAAUCCGCAAAGUCGUCGAGAGCGAUGAGCGAGCUCCCCUCUUCAACAAACUCAAGGGUCAGGACAAGGACGGCUUCUGGCGUAUCCUCGGCGCGCCCAACUCCCUACGGGCCGACCCGAAGCAGAGGUACGGCCGCCUGGCGAGACACCUGGGACUCCCUCCUACUUCGAGCAUGAAGGAGAUCCUGGAUAAGAUGAUCGCCGCCAAGACCGCGACCCCUAUCCCCCCCGUCGUAGUAGAGUCCGGCUCGUGCAAGGAGAUCCGCCUGACCCCGGAUCAGUUCGACCUGACCAAGCUCCCGGCCCCUCUCCUGCAUCAGUCAGAUGGUGGAAAGUACAUCCAGACCUACGGCAUGCACGUUGUCCAGUCUCCUGAUGGCAAGUGGACCAAUUGGUCCAUCGCCCGUGCGAUGGUCCACGACAGAAACCACCUUGCCGGAUUGAUUAUCGAGCCGCAGCACAUCUGGCAGAUCCACCAGAUGUGGAAGAAGGAGGGCAAGGAUAUGCCUUGGGCCUUGGUGUUUGGAGUGCCGCCCGCGGCCAUCAUGGCUUCGAGCAUGCCGUUGCCGGGCGGGCUCUCCGAGGCGGAGUACAUCGGUUCUCUGGUCGGCACGCCACUGGAAGUGGUGAAGUGCGAUACCAACGAUCUCUAUGUGCCGGCCAACUCCGAGAUUGUGUUUGAGGGUGUUUGCUCCAUAACGGAGACUGCGCCAGAGGGGCCCUUUGGCGAGAUGCACGGUUAUGUCUUCCCUGGCGAGGCCAGACCUCAGCCAAAAUACAGAGUUGAUAGAAUCACCCACCGCAAGGAUGCAAUCUUGCCUGUUUCGAACUGCGGCAGAUUGACGGAUGAAACGCACACAAUGAUCGGACCCCUUGCGGCUGCCGAAAUCGGAUUCCUUCUCAAGUCCAAGGGCGUCCCAGUCAAAGAAGCCUUCUCGCCAUUCGAGUCACAAGUAACAUGGGUUGCUCUCCAGAUUGACACGGAGAAACUCCGUGCGAUGGAGACUACGGCUAAAGAUUUCUGCCAAACGAUUGGUGACAUCGUUUUCAACGACAAGGUGGGCUACACCAUUCAUCGCCUUCUCAUCGUCGGAGAGGACAUCGAUGUGUACAACUUCAAGGAUGUUAUCUGGGCAUUCUCCACUAGAUGCCGCCCUGGGUUGGAUGAGUACAACUUUGAGAACGUCCGUGGGUUCCCUUUGAUUCCUUACAUGUCCCAUGGCAACGGUGAUAAGCACAACGGAGGAAAGGUUGUGUCAGAUUGCUUGCUGCCGAUCGAAUACAUCGAGGGUAAGAAUUGGGAGGCUGCAGACUUUAAGGAAUCUUUUCCUGAGGAAUUGCAGGCUAAGGUCCUCAGCCGAUGGGAGACUUUGGGUUUCACGGACAGAAAAUAG